AAAAUGAAGCUAGCAUUCCUUUCGAUUGUCUGCUGCUGCCUUUUUGCUUUGGCCUUUGGUCAUGACAUUGCUGGCACCAAGGCCCCAUUUGUGCGCAGUCGUUACAGUUUACGUUGGCGUAAGACUACGACAGCUAUGCCAGAGACCACAACUGGUCGUGUCGUGGAGCUUGUUACCUCAACGGAGCGUCCGAGAGUGGGCACCUCAACAACCAGUCCGGAUUAUGAUUACUAUGGCAAUGGCGAAGCAGAUAAUAUGGUGCAUAAAUGA